GAGCCCAGCUUCUCCUUCACACUGAGGAACGAGUCGGUCAGCUGCACGUCCAGGAACACGGUCUGGUUCCUUCUCUUCACGCGGAUAUACGGCCCCAUCUCUACGUAAAAUAUCCGCCUCCUGCAGUUUUUUUUUUUUACUGAAAUGUAAUUCGGUAAAUUUCACUUUUGAUUAUCAGCCAAUCAGAUCAAACACGCAGCUAUAAAUAUAUGCCUAUCAUCCGUCCUCCAUCACUUUCUGAUGCUGCGCGUGCUGCUGCUCUCGGGCCUCCUGACGUCUCGCGAAUGUGCGUCGCUGCUCCUCGUAUGUCGCGCCUGGCACUCCAUAGCCACCGCAAUGCUGUAUGGGUCACGCAGUCUGUUGCUCUCCAGCGAUAUUUGUCUAAAACACCGCAUUCCUGGACGGGUAGAACGACCUGAACGCGUGCAAGCUGUGCUAAAACGCAUAAGGGAGAGAUUCCCGCGACUACAAACGGAGAUGGUGCUACCUACAGCCACAGAUGAACAGCUACAACGUGCACACGGAGAGGUGUACGUGGAUAUGGUGACAGGUAUGAGCAAUAAGGUGGAGCGCAGCAUGAACGCACUGGACAUGUUGAAGCGCUUCAAUGGAGUCACAGAGGAUUAUGUGGCUAGUCCGAGAGCUAGUAGGAUCCCGACUAUUCAGGGCAAGAAGGAGUAUUAUCAGCAAUAUGAAUACAUGGAACUGGGAGACGAUAUGACUCUCAUGAGACACACGUUGGCAGCGGCGAGAGUUGCAGCGGGUGGAGCGUGUCUGGCGGUGGAUAAAGUCAUGAACACGGAUAAUGCGAUCCGCAAUGCCUUCUGUGCUGUACGGCCGCCUGGACACCAUGCAGAACGGUGUCGAGCCAUGGGUUUCUGCGUGUUUAACAACGUCGCAGUGGCUGCACUGCAUGCAGUUGAGAAGCAUGGACUGACUCGAUUGGCGAUUGUGGAUGUCGAUGUGCAUCAUGGCAAUGGCACACAGGAUAUUGCCAAAAGAGAACCGAGACUGCUCUAUGUGUCGAUGCAUCAGGCAGCUCCGUGCUUCCCAAGCUCGGGUUUUGCCUGUGAAAAGGGCAAGCACGGGAAUCUGCUAAAUGUUCCUUUGCGAGCACGCUGUACUUCUCAGAAAUACCGUGAACAAUUCACCGCAUCAGUACUUCCUCGAGUGCGAGAGUUCUGUCCGCAAUUGUUGAUAAUAUCCAUGGGCUUCGAUGGUUCAUCGCGUGAUCCGCUGGCAGAUUUCCAACUGGAGGCCGACGAUUUUUACUGGAUCACGAAAGAGUUGUGUACUUUGGCCUGGGAAUGCUGUGAUGGGAGACUUGUGUCGGUUUUGGAAGGAGGGUAUCACCUUGGAGCACUGGCAGACGGCGCGGAACAACACAUGCUAGCUCUCUUACACGGCUCAUGUCGUCCCGAUGGCCUCCUACCUAUCGAGGUUCCUGUCUCGGAGAGAUUACCCAACUAACCUCAACAAGAAGAUGUAUAUAGAGUAGUUUUGAGGCAGAAGAGAAGAAUAGAAAAGUUUUAAAUGCAUUUAAUAGAACCAAACCUCCCGUAUCAUCUAUCAGGA